GCUGGAUCCAAGAUGGCGGCUCCGCCGGAGCAGGAGAGUCUGGAAUCGCAACUGAGCAAUGACCUGCAUUCGCCAGGAUCGUGGAUGAACAAUCAGGUCUAUAAUGCUUGGAACACAUCCCCUGACCUGUGUCUCCACAGGGAGCUGGGAAUCACUCCUGAGCAAAAGGAGUAGGGCUUUCCUGUGCUAUAAAGCCACAAAUCCUUUAAACCGAGAGCUGGAAUGGAUCUACAUUCAAGCAUUCUGUGACCAAUUGAAUAAGGAAUUGGAAGGACCCCAGCUUGCCACAAGAUUUCUGGCACAUAAGAUUCAGUCCCCUCAGGAAUGGGAAGCUAUUCAGGCAUUGACAGUCCUGGAGACGUGUAUGAAAAAUUGUGGGAAGCGGUUUCACAAUGAAGUAGGAAAAUUCAGGUUUUUGAAUGAGUUAAUCAAGGUAGUAUCACCCAAGUAUCUGGGCACGCGAACUUCUGAGAAAGUAAAAACUAAAGUUUUAGAAUUAAUGUUCAGCUGGACAGUGGGUCUACCAGACGAGCUGAAGAUCACAGAGGCCUACCACAUGCUUAAAAAGCAAGGAAUUCUAAAACAGGAUCCCGUGUUACCUGAUGAUGAACCUCUUCCUUCGCCCCCUCCACGCUCAAAGAAUGCUAUGUUUGAAGAUGAGGAAAAAUCUAAGCUAUUGGCCAGACUCCUGAAGAGCAGCCAUCCAGAGGACCUCCGGGCUGCUAAUAAGCUAAUCAAGGAGAUGGUCCAAGAGGACCAGAAGAGAAUGGAGAAGAUUUCUAAAAGAGUGAACGCAAUUGAAGAGGUGAACAAUAAUGUUAAACUUCUGAGUGAAAUGCUAGAGAAUUACAGCAAAGAUGAAACUUCGGAGAGUAAUGAAGAAAUAAUGAAGGAGUUGUACCAGCGAUGUGAGAAGAUGAGGCCCACACUAUUCAGACUGGCCAGUGACACCGAGGAUAACGAUGAAGCACUGGCCGAAAUUCUUCAGGCAAAUGAUAACUUAACACAAGUCAUUAACAUGUACAAGAAGAUAGUGAAGGGUGAAGAGGUUAAUGGGGUGACUGACCUGCCAAACAUUAAAGCCAGCAGUUCUGCUCUACUAGACCUGACCGGGCUGGACACUGGCUCAAAUACUCCUUCUUACCCUGCUGCCCCUGCCAAUCAGACCUGGAAUCCUGAUCUGGUGCAGGAUCUGAGCAGCUCUGUGUCAUUAUUGGAUGAUGAAUUAAUGUCAUUAGGGCUGAAUGAUCUUGUUCCUAAUGCAGUGCCUUCAUCGCAAUCUCUUGAAUCGAGUAACUGGAAUACAUUUCAGUCCUCGGAGUCUGACGAAUUGAGCGGCCCCAUAACCUCUUCGGAGCCCGGCACACUGUCUUCUGAGUUGUUGAAACCAGCGGCUUCGACCGCCGGCCAGCAAAACCCCGCCCCUGCCUGCGUGCCUGCGUCCGCCGGGAGCAAAGCCUUGGAUGACUUGGACAUGUUGGGGAAAACCCUCCUUCAGCAGUCGCUGCCUCCAGGAUCUCAGCAAGUCAAAUGGUCAGCUCCACAACAAAGGCAAACACUUCGAGAUCUCCAGAAUAAGUCAAACACCAACACUGCAGUUGCCUUGGGCACGUCACCACUUUAUCCUGCUUCAAGCAAGAGCAUCUCGCCAAUCAUAAGCACAGGCCUUACCCUUCAACCUGAUCAGCCAGCGGCGUUUGUGUACAGUUCUUCCAUCCCACCAGCUUCUGCUGCAUCAUGCAUAGGGCAGCCUGGGACUCAGCACAUUGCACAAGGAGGCCUCAGAAUCUCCCCAAUGCCUCAGCAGGAAAUCUCCCUAACUAACGUUUUAGUACCUCUAGAAUCGAUUAAACCAAGUAGCAUCUUGCCUGUCACGGUAUAUGAUAAGAAUAGCUUCCGAGUUCUGUUUCAUUUUGCGAAGGAUCCUCCACCAGGGCAGGCAGAUGUUUUGGUCGUGGUCACUUCCAUGAUUAGUACAGCACCACAACCGGUGAAAAAUAUAAGAUUCCAAGCUGCUGUUCCCAAGGUCAUGAAGGUCAAGUUGCAGCCUCCUUCUGGCACCGAGCUGCCAGCGUUUAAUCCUAUACUUCCGCCAUCUGCAAUCACACAGGUCCUGCUCCUAGCCAACCCACAGAAGGAGAAAGUCCGAUUACGAUACAAGCUCACAUUUACAUUGGGCGAGCAAACCUUCAAUGAGAUGGGAGACGUGGAUCAAUUCCCACCUCCAGAAUCGUGGGGGAAGCUCUAACUGGGACAUAGACAGUGACACUACACAACAUUUCUGCUCUAUUGUUAGGAAACCACCAACGUUUCACUAGUAAGGUGAACAACAGGGGCUACAGUAAUUUAAAAUAAAAUCCUGAAGCAGUCGAUUUCUGAUUUCUAAGGCAGAUUUGAUGGUGCAACAGACUGGUCUGGAGCGAGACCUCUGUCCUGCUGUUGGGCAGGAUGCUGUUAUUCCCUCCUGUUAGCUGGCAAUGUCAAAAUAGCCCCGUUUCUGUGUGCAAUGGUGUUACUCCUGAUGUCAUAAAGACUCCAUUAACAUUAUUCCAUGUGUGAUAAAAUUGUUCAGAAAAA